AGAGAAUAUGAGGGAGGAAGAGAGUUGAGCGGGAGGCUGACUGAGGAUGGAUAAACAGAGGGUGGGAGGGAAGGACGGUAAGAGACAGAAAAAGGAGAGGUGGCGAAAGUGAGUGAGUGAGAGAUGGGCAGGGAGGUAUAAAGAGAGGGAGGGAGUUAUCUACAAGAGGCAGCCAUAGAGGGAGAGGUGACAGAGUAGAUUAUCCUCUCCUCCCUGCCAGUCUCACCAUGUUCAUGCUGCAGACGCUGACUGUUCUCUCGCUCACUGUCAUCUUCCUGGCAUCUGUAGAAGGUAAAGGCGUGCAGAUGCAGAGGGAUGUCCAGUGUUGCAUGCUGUACUCCCAGGGUAAGGUGCGUACCAAAGAUGUGCUGCGGUUUGAGGUGCAGACGGAGGGGCCCGACUGCAGCAUACAAGCCAUCAUACUUUACACGAAGAAGGCAGUGAAAUGUGCGGACCCCAGAGAUCGUAAGGUGAAGAGGUUGUUGAGGAAGCUUCUGCAGAGACAGAGACUCAAGAACCACAGAACAAUGUGGCUGCUUCCUCGCGACAACCUGCCCGCCAUGUCAGAGGUCAGGUUUGAACCUCCCUGCAGCUGCUUUUACUCACUAACCACAUCUUUCACCAGAGCCUUACUAUCUUCCUCAUGUGAGACGGCACACUGAGUUAUCAGUGAGGAGCUAAGGAGCCUUAGAUCAUUUUUAUUUAUUUCGUAGAGCAAACUGUUGCACUGAUGUAAAGUUGUUCAAGAAGUACAGACCUUGUUUUUUAGACUUUAUGUUCAUUGGACAAACUGCUGUAUUGAGUUUAAAAAUGCUGAAUCCUAUUUUACUAUCUGUUUUUUACUUUGGAAAGAGGCAGAACCAGAUCAAUUGCCAGUCAACAUUUGUAAAUGCAUUUUUGACCAAUAACCAAAUGUAUUUUGAACAAUAAAAUACAUCACCAAGACACAUGUCUGCUACCAGACACAUAUAUAACUAUCAAGCUAUCUAGCUUGAUAGUUGUGAGACAAAUAAUAAAGUGUUAAGUAUGGAAUGACAGUCAUUAUGCUGUUAUUAGAGUUACGCGUUACUAAGUAACGUGUUGAUGACGCCAUUGUUUUUAGUAUUUCUGCUCAAGCUAUUUACGGAUCUGUCAGGUUUGUGAUACGUGUCCCCUCAAUGAUGCCCUUGACUGAUACUGACUUUACCAUCCAAGCUGCACUUUCCUACCCUGUCACCUCUGAGAGAACCCGACUGACUGGGUGGUCUUAUGUAUCCGUUUCUGUUCACCAGAUCACUGACACAGAAUCUAAAGAUUAGGGUAAUGGCAAGUAGGCAUCUCAACAUUAAAAGCUUAAAGCUCAUCCCGAAAGAUUAAAUGCCACAAAUACCAAUGCAAAAAACUGGUCAGCAAGUAUAAAAAUUCCUUCAUUGCUCUAAUUGUUUAUGGAGAGAAUGGUAUAAAUAAUUCAACAUGAUUUUUGUUGAAAUAAAAACAGUGUUGCCUCUCAUACAAUACCGUUUUGCCUUUUGGAGCACGUCCAUCUGAUUUCCAAUGUGAAAAAUCAUUCUUGGUUGAAUGAAAAUAUUUCUUGGGUAUGAAUAUUUUUGAGCUCAACUGUUCCUCAGUUUUGAUUCUCAUAUAUCUGCUCACCUGUUACGUUGUUUUCAACUGUUGU